AUGGGGCCCUCAAGAUGGUUUGGUUGCAACGAUACCUUUCCCCCAACUGUCUACAACACGAAUGGAAGUGAUCUUGCCUGUUAUGAUACCGAUUACAAUAGCACCUCCGCCGGCGUCGAUUUUCAGGCAUGUGUGUCAUGCGAGAUUCAAAGCCAGGCAAUUCCCCUAACAGGAGAACAGAGUGAUCUGGGAUGGGCACUCUACAAUAUGAGAUAUGCCCUGGAUUGGUGUCUGUUCGAUUUUCCUCACGGUGACAAUGAGACAGCUUCAGAUCAAUGUACCACGGCUUGCGGAAGGAUAUCGAAUGCUCUCGAGAUCAAUCUACUUGAUGCCGCAGCCUCGUCUACUUACGAUUACUGUCAAGACCCAGAAUUCCUUCCGAACGCUGAAAGCUGUGCGUCGUGUUACGAGAAUGUCCCAAACCAACUCUAUCUAUCAAAUUUUCUCCACACCCUCGAGUAUGCAUGCCAAAAUCAGCCCUCGCCCGUGCUACCCUUCCCCGUAAAGCCUUCUGACAUCUUCACCUACCAACCCCCAUCUAAUUUCUCCGAUCUCGGUGCCAUCAGCACUUCUUCUCAUGGUAUCUCCCACGACGCCCGAGUCGCUAUAGCGAUCAGCGUUCCCGUUGUCGUAUUUCUUAUCUUUUCCUUGCUCCUCGUCUACUUCUAUGUCCAUAAGAAUGCUCCCCCAGAUCGUCCCCGCCACUGCAACCACCACACAAACCGCCAGCCCAACUACAGCGAAAAGCACGUAUCCAAAUCCACGUCAGCCUGGAGUAAAACCCCGCCACGGAACGGUGUCAACUCUCGGAAUUGUUCAUCUAAUUCGGCCUCGCAUCAAGUUCUCUAUCCGGCGCCAUUGAAACCAGCGAAAAUCGCCGUGCGAGCUCCUCUCCGCACUCGGAACUCCCCAAUCCCGUUCUCAAGGAAUUACUAUCAACCAACGAACUAUGGCCUCGAGCAACCAUCCAAACCUCCACCGCCAGCGACCUACACUCCCGAAAUGUUACCAGCAACAAGAUACUCACCUCCACAUCCGCAUUCGACCUCUUUGGAACCUCUCAAACCCCGACCUGGCCCUUCAAAAGCAGGUCUCGUCUCUUGGGAGCGCGUCGCUAUCCAAAAUGCCCAGAUACGAGCUGAGCAGGGCCCGAGUCCCAGUCCGAUCAGCCCCUUGACGCGAGUACAGGUUGUACCAAUGCCAAGGAGUCCUAGUCUGCGAAGUUCUGGGUUGAGACGUGAAAGGUUUCCUGUGGUGCCUGCUUCUCAAAGUCGUGUGUCGAGGGAGGAAAGACAUAGUGCCUUACGGAGUCCUGCGUCAACUGAGCAAAGGCAUUCCGCCCUGACGAGUCCUAUAUCGAGAGAGGAAACGCACCCUGCAUUAAGGAGCCCCAGCUUGAGCGAGGAGAUGCAUGCUGCGUUAAGAAGCCCCAGUUCAACGGAAUACGGACAGAAUACCCCUCACAGACGCGACAGCCCUUUUCCUCCACGGAAAGAAAGCCAGGACAGCACUUUCAGACGCGUUAGCCCAUUCCCGCUCAGACAAGGCAGCAUCUCCAGGCAAAGCACACCUUUCCGCCAAGAACGCCUGGAGGCGCAGGAAAUGGUAGACAGACAGGAACGGCAGCGGAUGGGUGAGAUACCGGAAUGGGAGGGCCUGGGAAGAGAGGAGGGUCAGGAAAGUUGGUAUGAGAAACAGAGGGCGAGAGCUGAUACGCCGCAGCCUGAUGAUGGGAGGUCGGUCAGGGAUACGAGGGGAAGUCGGGACGGCGUAAUGAGGAGUGGGAGUGGGAAGAGUGUUGAGAGAGCGGCAAGGAAAGAGGUUAGAUGGAGUAAGGAUGUUGAUUAUGAAGGAUGA